AUGCACUCUUCCAUUAAUCUUGCUCUAUCUGAUUAUGUUUUCAUUCGGUCUCAUACAUCUAGCUCGAGUGACCUGUCCAAACACAACCGGACACACACGGGCGAGAAACCAUUUACUUGUCUGCUUUGCGGUAAAGCAUUCGGUGACUCGAGCAGCUUGUCAGCUCACAAGCGCACGCACACUGGUGAAAGGCCUUAUCGGUGUGCUGAUUGUGGUAAAGGCUUCUCAGUCUCCAGCAGCCUCGUAAAGCACCGACGUAUCCAUACCGGUGAACGGCCUUACAGCUGUCAGGUGUGUGGACGCAGGUUCACAGACAAUAGCAGUGCUGCAGCACAUCGCCGGCGUAGCCAAGGCUGCGCACCAAUCGCGCCUGGGUGA